AUGGACAAAUAUAAGCAUCCAUUGUUUUUUGAAGCCAAAGAUCUGACUGACAGUGACAUUGAGGAUAUCAGGAAAUACUUUGAGAAAAACGAAGGCUCUGAAGGUGGCGAGUGUGAAAUUCCUGGAAAGGUUGAUGGCAACACCUAUAAAAUCUGUUUCAAGGAUAAAGAAGGUCAGGAACGGGCUUUGCUGAGGAAGUUUCACACCAUCUCUCUUUCUGGUGGAAAACAGUGUGUACUCACAACACCAACAAAAGUGAACACCAAAUGUCUUGAGAAGAUCUUCAAGACAGAGAUUUUCCUCCUGUAUUACCUGAGAGACAACUUAAAGGCAUUCAAAAAUCUCCAGAAGCAACUUUUUUCACUUGGCUGCACAGUGGAGUUCAAAUUUGAUGAGGAGGAGGCUGUAGUUAUAAGUCACACUGAGAGCCACCCAGGAGGAUGCCAUGCCCAGAAACAGGAGCAACAGUUGGAACAGAUCUUCAGCUUUCUCACUGAGAGCUACCUCUGCUAUCAUGUGCUUGAGCCAAAGCAGAUCAAAAUGGUACUGCGGGACCCCUCCUUUAAGUCAGAUGAUAUCAAGGUUUACGCUCAGAGCGGCUAUGCUGUGGUUGUGGGAGAGGUGCAUGCUGUGAAGGAGAAGAUUGCCGUUCUGGAAAAGAGCCUAUCCACCAAAAAUGAAUUGCCAGUUGUGGAGAAGCAGUUCAAACUAGUAGAAGAAGAGUUCAAUCGAGAAAUGCGUGCUUAUUAUCCAGAGGUUAAAAUCAACAGAGAUAGAGCCAUAAUCACUUUGGAAGGACCUGACAACGAAGUCGAGUCAGGAGCUGCAAAACUUGAUGAACUGAUUAAGAAGAUAAAAGAGAAGAGAGUACAGUUCCCCACAGCUUUGCUAACAUUCGUCACAACCAGCGGUGCCAUCUCCAAAUACCAAGAUCGCUUCCAGCAGAGCCUCAGAAACCCUGUUUACCUUGAGGUGGGUUCAGACCUGGUUCUGUCCAGUUCGUCCUCUGAUGCUCUGAAUGAGGCCGAAGCAGCAGUGACGAGAGACUUUAAAGUGGUCACUGUGGAGCUGCAGGGAGCUGCAGCAGUACCUCCAGAUUUAGACAGAGUGAAAGAAAUCCUGGUGAAAGCCAGGAACGAUGCAAACCGUAGAGAGGUGAGAGUGGACUUCAGCUUCAUGCCAGGAUCCAGCGGAACUGCAGCAACCAAAGUACAAGUAGUGGGCUACAGUGAAAAUGUCAACAAGCUCAAGGAAGCUCUUUGUGUUUUCCAACAGGAAGAAGUUGUAACUAAAGAAGUGGUAAACUUGCCAUUUCCUGAACUGGUUGACUGCUUUGAUAAAAUGUUAGACCUGAUUGGCAUGAAGCAAGCUAAGGUGACCUUAAAACCCUCACAUCUUCCAAAUCCUUGUGUGCUCGUGAUGGGCCCUCAAUAUCUGGUCCAGAAGGUUCGGGCAGACUUAGCCAUAAAUCUAUCCCAACUGUCAACUGAUACACUUGUUUUAAAUGGACCAGGGGUGCAAUGGUACUUUGAGAAGGAAGGCAGACAAAUCAAGGAGCAGAUAGAAAGCUCCUGUCAGGUCCUCAUCAGAGAACAACAAGAAGUCUAUUCUCAAAGUACUGCAACUGUGUCACAUUUUCGCUCCAUCCAAGGAAAACUGCAAAGUAACACUGCCAGCAGUCCACCAAACAUGACAGCUGUCAACAAACCAAUCCUAGAAAUCAAGCUUGGCAGUUUGGAGGAUCAGCAGGUGAAUGUGUUGGUGGCCCCCAUGAUAUCCAAAAAGCUUACUUCGACUAAAGUUGGUAAAUGUUUACAGAAAAAAGCAGGAACUUCAAUGCGGAAGGUCUUUGGUCUUAUAGCGCAAAAGUGGAACCUUUCUGCUGGUAAUGUUAUGGUGAUUGAUGCACCUCCAUCUCUGGGCUGCUCCAAGAUCUUCUUCAUUGAGUGUCUGCGAUGGGAUGGAGUUGAUGGCCUGGGUAUGCGGAUGCUCGCUAAUGGGCUGAAAAUGUGUUUGGAACUCUGUGUAAAGGAGGGUUGGAGUUCAAUAGCCUUUCCAGUCAUUGGACCUGGGAUUGUUUUAAAAUUCCCCCAGAAAGAGGCCAUUCAAGUGCUGACUGACAGCAUUCACCAGUUUGGAUUAUCUGGCUCAUGUGGCUCGCUCCACACCAUCUAUGUGGUCAUUAAACCAGACUAUCCAGACUCUGAGGAGUGCUACCAUGAGAUCCACAGACACCUGAGCUUGACCAUGAACCAUAGAGACCAAGCAAUCUUCAAGUCCCUCAAAAGUGACCUAGCUGACAUCACCAUGAAUGUGAAAGGUGGGGUUGCGCUACAAAUGGUGCUUGGCGACAUCAUUAAUGAGACUACAGAUGCUGUAGUGAACUCGACUGACUUCACCAAUUUUCACGGUGGCGUGUGUAAACAAAUCUUAUCUGUGGCUGGACCCCAGGUUGAGGCUGAUCUCAGAAAUGCAAAAGUGAAGAAGGGAGACAUUUUCAAAUCCCUGCCUGGAGUGUUCCCUUGUAAAGCCAUUUUACACAUGUGUACAGAAAAAGAUGCAGGCCUCAUUGAGCAACAACUGCUCAACAUCAUUCAAAUUUGUGAAUCUUCUGGAUACAGGUCUGUGGCCAUUCCUGCCAUCGGUGCUGGAUCUGGUGAGUUGGACCCCAACCUUGUGGCACAUGCCAUCCUCCAAGGGGUUAAGACUGCUGCAUCUUCCCGUCUUCUCCAGUGCCUCACCAGCAUUCGCCUUGUCCUCAACAAGAUCAAUGUGUUCCUGGCAUUUAAAACACAACUAAUGCUGAUGUUUCCCUCUGCUGUUAUCAACACAGUGUCAGCGUCACAGCUACUACCUCUGCAACAGCGCCGAAUGCCUGUUAACACAGGCCUAAGUGUCCUCUGUACGACUAGACAGCAGUCCGUCUUCCUGUUCCUGGGCCGUUGCAGAAAGAGUGUUAAUGAUGCAAUGACAAAGGUGAAAGAUAUGUAUCAGGCUCACUGCUCCACACAAAACAUCACAAAGGAGCAGCUGGCAGACCUCACCCAAGAUGAAAUAAAGGAUCUGCAGCAGGUAGUGGAAACCCAGGGUCUGCACGUACAGCAGGACCAGCAUGGUGAUGGAGGUUUGGAAGUGAGUGGGUUGAAAGAUGGGGUCACCGAGCUGAUGCAGAUGCUUAACUCCAUUGCUCGCCUCCGGAUAGAAGUGAGAGACAGGGAGGAGGAUGAUUUGUACACUCGUGUGGCGUGGUGCAUCCUGGGACAUGAUGGUAACUGGGAAAGGCUCCCCAAAACAGCCAAUCACAACCUAGAAAAGGGUAAUAUCAUGAAAGGGAUAGAGGACACACAAGGAAACUCUUGGAAUGUGGAUCUACAGAUGAUGGAGGCCAAAAGAGGGUUUAGACAAACCAAGCUGAAACGACUUGAGAAUCAUUCAGACUUUACUCUUCCCCUGUACUGGGACAGUAUGGCUAUUGGUGAAAAUUUGAAAGUGGUCACACUGGAGCCUUCCUCUGCAGAGUACAUCAAAAUACAUAUGGCCUUCACACAAACAGUUCAGAGGACUGUAAAGAAAAUUGAACGCUUGCAGAAUGUCCAUUUGCGACAAGCCUACGAAGUGCAAAAGAAGAAGCUUUCCGAAAAGAACAGACCGGAAGGGGGAGCAGGUGAAAAGCUUCUGUACCACGGGACGAGUCAAGACAGCUUUGACUCCAUCCGAAAAGAUGGAUUCAACAGGAGUUUUUCUGGGAAAAAUGCAACUGCAUAUGGUCAAGGGACGUACUUUGCUGUAAAUGCCAGCUACUCAGCCAGUCCCACCUACUCAAAGCCAGCUGCUGAUGGCUCUCAGGCAGUGUUUGUGGCCCAAGUCCUCACUGGUAUCUAUACUCAGGGCCGCAGCGACAUGAGGCUACCUCCACUACGAGACAAUAAGCCUGAUGACCGUUAUGACAGUGUGGUGGACAGAAUAUACAACCCAAGCAUGUUCAUUGUUUUCAAUGAUAACCAAGCUUAUCCAGACUACCUCAUUACCUUUUUUUAGUGAUUCAUCUUGGGGAUGAUACAGCUAGAUGUGUUUGAAUACAGCAGUAUGUACCAUCAGUGUUCUGUAAUAGUCAGGUUUACACUGAGCCACAUGCAGUUUGCUCUGCAACACAGCUGCUGUCAAGUGUUGAACAGCAUCUUGGCUUUCCUGAUAAAAGGCAUCUUCUUCUCUAACUUACAUGCAUUAUCUUAACUGGCUGAACAGCUAAUCAAAUACUCAUCCUGUGGGGAAACAUUUGAUAAGUCAUUAGUUGCUCAGUUACACAGCAUUAACCAGCAUACAAAUCUACCUUCAAAGGUCUGUUUAGUUUCCUAAACUUAAAUUUAAGAAGAAGAAAAACUACUGCCUGUUUGUGAUAGUACAGGUUUUACUUUUACUACUUCUGCCACAGCUCAUCUGUCUGCUUCUCCAGCAGGGUGAGCUAAAAAUAGAACAGAGGGUGUUUCCCCACCACUCCUAGGUGGAGCUGCCAAAACACUUUUGAUUGGUUAGGACUUGACAUAAUGAAAGAGACACAAAUAACUGCCAUGCCACGUCUGCUAUACCCUCCAGAAUGUCUCGUAUUAUGAGUUAGUGAAACUAUACUUUAGAACCAGUUACAGUAACAAGGAAAUAAUUUCUCUUUUAGUACAUAAACACGAUGUAGUGAUAAGUAUGAGGAUGUUAAAGAGAUGGUGCGGAAAGAUGUAUCGGCUCAGAAGGAAAAAGCACACAAACUGGCACUGGACAGAUGCAAGUAUAUUGAUGAUUGCACCUUUGUGCAAUACAGAGGGGACAUGUUGAAUCACAAGACACAAUAAAACAGCCCAUCAAGUUGUUUCAUCUGCUCAAGGCAUUUUGUAGAGGGUAUAGCAGCUGUGGCCGCUAUUUGACUUGACCUUGACUUUUUUCUCAAAAAAAUAUUAUAACUUUUUUCUCUUUUUUUAAACUAUAUUCUCAAAGUGCACAAUUGAAUUUUUUUUCCUCAAUGUGGCCCUAAUACUUCUUUGUAGAUUUGUCUGAAGUCAAACUAAAAAAAGUAAAAAGCAGUAAAAAACAAAACUAAUAUUUAAUAUUUAAGUGAAAGUUAUGCAAUUUAUUUAGUACUAAAUGUCUUAUUUAGAAGCUGUAGCUUUGUGAAACAAAAUGUAUUAUUAAAAUGUAUUAAAUCAA